CGAUUGUUAGCCUUAGCCAUCAACGUAACCCGGGCUCAUUUUGAAGACGGACGCAACAAUCAUUUAACCGCUAUCAUCUGCAGUUCGUCUUUGAGUGAAUAUCUACAGUAAUUGUGUCUGGUGUGACCAUUCAUUCUUCGUAAAAUGACAAGCGUGUGGCGCUUCGUCUCUAACGCACUAUGUCGCAUCACUGGACGGAAAGUGUUUCCUAUUUUUGUCAUGCUUUCGUCGGAACCACAGGCAGCUCCGACGGUGUCUGAGCUGCUGGUUGACCUGUCAGAGUUUAUCAGACUAACCUCACCGGCAGUACCUGACCCCGCGGAGACAUGGCUUCAGUCCCAUAAACAACCACCACCUUCAUCAACACCACCAUCACUAGCGCCACCUGUCUGUACUGAUGAAGCCAGUGCUGGGUUAGUUAGUUCAAUGACUGAGUCACAGCUAGAAAAUCCAGGUUCUACGGUUGUUGUCUCGAACUCCUUGAACGAGUUCACGACCAGGGCAUCAUUUGACAUCAAGAAAUGUGACCUGCAUGGUCUGGAGGCGGGGCCUCCUCUAAAGACGGAGCUGAGUCGUGACGAGGGUCUGCGUUUUUAUAGAACCAUGCAGGUAAUGCGACGCAUGGAGCUGAAAGCAGAUCAGCUGUACAAGCAGAAGAUCAUCAGAGGCUUCUGUCACCUGUAUGAUGGACAGGAAGCAUGUGCCGCGGGUGUGGAAGCAGCCAUCGACCCCUCUGAUCACCUGAUCACAGCGUACCGUGCACAUGGAUACACCUACACAAGGGGUGUGUCCGUCAGAGAGAUUUUGGCCGAACUCACAGGACGCAGAGGGGGCGUGGCCAAAGGCAAAGGCGGUUCGAUGCACAUGUAUGCCCCGAAUUUCUAUGGAGGAAAUGGAAUUGUGGGAGCUCAGGUUCCUCUGGGAGCAGGGAUUGCUCUGGCGUGUAAAUAUCAAGGCAACAAUCAGAUCUGUGUCACACUUUAUGGAGAUGGAGCAGCCAAUCAGGGUCAGAUAUUUGAGGCCUUCAACAUGGCAGCCUUGUGGAAGCUUCCGUGUCUUUUCAUCUGUGAGAACAACAAAUAUGGGAUGGGGACAUCAGUGGAACGAGCGUCCGCCAGCACUGAUUACUACAAGAGAGGACACUUCAUGCCAGGAAUCAGAGUGGAUGGGAUGGAUGUUCUGUGUGUCAGAGAAGCCACCAAGUUUGCAGCAGACCACUGCAGGACUGGAAAGGGACCCAUUAUCAUGGAGCUGCAGACCUACCGUUACCAUGGUCACAGUAUGAGUGACCCAGGGGUCAGCUACCGCACUCGUGAGGAGAUCCAAGAAGUCCGCAGUAAAAAUGACCCCAUCUCUCUGCUGAAGGAGCGCAUGCUGAGCAGCAACAUGGCAUCAGUUGAGGAGUUUAAGGAAAUAGAUAUUGAAAUACGGAAGGAAGUGGAAGAUGCAACUCAGUUUGCUACAUCAGACUCGGAGCCACCACUGGAGGAGCUGUGCAACCACAUCUUCUCCAACAACCCACCACUACAGGUGCGCGGGACGCACCCUUGGGCCAAACUGAAAUCCAGUAGCUGAACCCAAGACGGUCGUCUGAAGUUUAAAUCAAACUGCCUUUGAAAUUUAAAACUCUGUGAGCUCUGUCACAGGAGUUGAUUGUUAGAAAUCCUCAGUUGUACAGUAGAAAUGCUCUUUUCUUAGACGUGACAUGGGUUUUUAUAUCAGAGUUCAAAAGUUCGAAAUGCUGCAAAGGAGUUUCUGGGACAGUCCUGUGCAAAACUGAGGGUUGGGAUGUGGUAGGAAGGGCCUCAGAGGAAAUGGGUUUAAGCCAUGAAGGGUGACCUACUGAUCUUCUGACCUUCAAUGGUUGAAGUUCAAUUUUGUUCUGAACAAGGCCUUUCUGUCACUGCAGCGGAAACUUUCAGAAACAUUCAGCACCUCCAUGUUUGCACUUUUGACCUCAGCAUUCCCCACCUCUGUGAGGAUUCAUAUAGCUUUCUGUUUUUAAUUAUGUAUUUACAGUUUUGAAAGUUUAUUCUGUAGAUUGUUUUGACCACUGAGUUGCAAGAUUUAAUGUGUUUGAUUUAAAUUAUUUAUUUUUAUAAGGUAAAGUCUGUGAUCUGGACACUGAAUGGUGUUCCUGUUUAUCUUGACUUUGGUUUUAUAACAGUUUUUGUUGCUAUUAUGUUACAAUAAUAUAUAUAUAAUAUAUAUAUUAUGUUACAAUUAAUAUUACAUGUACAGAUAUUGUGCUUGCUUGUGUAUGAGUGUGCAUGUGAUUGAGCUAAAGUAGUGUGAUGUAUAACAAUAUAUAAUAUAUGUCGGUCUUUCUCCUUAACAUGUACAUCGUUGUGUGUUGAACACAAUGCGUUAAAUUAUCAGAACAAAA